UACUUGAAGGGGAAAACGUUCGCAAACUUUCGCUCCCAGAAUACCCCCGGUCUACGUUAUAUCCCCAUUCUGCCCCGACGAUUACCAAAAUUUCUCAAAUGCCCCCACAAAGUUUCCAAACUUUACUCCCUUCCCCUCCUCCUCCUCAGAUUCUAUUCCUCAAAUGCCCCUCCCCCUUCCCACCUCCUCUGUACGGCCGAUUCCGGCUGCCGGAGCUCGAUCCUCCGCCGAAUUCCGACGAUCCAGAUUUUUUCUUCGAUUUUUCUCCCAAUUUACGAUCCUCUUCGUUUUCUUUGAUCCUUCAAUUGCUACGAGGUAACCAAAAUCGGAAGUGGAUCCGGAAUCUGGGUUCGGUUUCCAGGUAUAGGGUUGAGAAUUUUGGAUUGGAGAGCUAGAAUUAGGGCUAGGGUUUCCGAACUUUUAGUAUGGCGGGAGAGAAGGCGAAGCUCCUCUGUAGCUUUGGCGGCGAAUUUAUAAGCCAGCAGGGGAAGCCCUUCUAUGUAGGGGGAAAAACUCGGCUGGUGUCAAUCGAUCGGUCUGCGAGCUUCCGAUCCCUCCUAUCAAAGAUGUCGGAGCUCUGCGAUGCCGAUCCGAGCUCACUGGAUAUCAAAUUUCAGCUCCCAGAUGGCGGGCUUGAGUCGCGGCUCGUGUCGGUGGAGACUGAUGAUGAUGUGAGGAAUAUGAUGGAGGAGUUCGAUUCUAAUCGGAAAAUUUCCAUCUUUUUGUUCACUGAUAAGACACAGAACACAGAUGAUGAUGACAUUGCUGUCCAAGACGAUGUGCCCACACUCGAAGCUGUUGCGACGGAGGCCGUCAGAAACUACAGAGAGCUGACAACUGCAGCAGCUGAAGAGCCGCUUGAGAGCCAAAGUGAUCGAAGCACUUCGGCAACAUCUGCCAGAAGAGAUUAUGGCAGACACUCAUUAGUUGGUCCAAGCAUGUCUGGAGAGAGAUUUCGAAGAGAAUCACAGUCAUUAGUUGUCGGUCAGGAAUAUGAGGAUGUGCAGACAUUUCGAAAUGCACUGACAAGUGCUGCCAUUGCUGCUAAUUUUGAGCUUCACAUGAUCCGAUCAGAUCAGCGCCGUGUCACAGCCAGGUGUGCUGCAGAAGGAUGCAUGUGGCGUGUGCAUGCAUCAAAACUCCCACAAGUCAGCACAUUUAGAAUAAGGACCUUAACACCAGAGCACACUUGUGUAAGAUCAGAAGAUGCUGGCCACCGACAGGCCACUGCAAAGUGGAUUGCCAACUGCAUAAGAGACAAGCUUCGGCAAAAUCGAAACUAUAAGCCACGGGAAAUUUUGAAUGACAUACACCGGGAGUAUGGGGUGCUUAUUACAUACAAGAGGGCUUUCCUUGGCAGGGAGAAGGCAUUGGAAGAGCUACGUGCUGAGCCAGCAAGGAAUAUGGCUCCCAUAGAGAGCAGUUAUGAGGCUAUCAUGGAGAACCAUUCAGAAGUUCAAACAUGGGGUCAGAUACAUGAUCCCCCAAGAAAGAAACGGGCUUAUAGACCCCAUCAACCCAAGGAAGUGCGGCCAUUGCACUGUACUCGGUGUAACCAGAUCGGGCAUAAUAGAAGGACUUGCACAGUAGCCGAAUCAAUGCAAGAUGGAAUCAGAUAGGGCAUAUGUAUCAGCAAGAUAGCCCGUUUCAGUAAAGUUACAAGAUGUAGAUGUUCCAUGGUCCUCAGCCUUCAUAUGGCUGGUGCGAUGAUUAUUCAUGCUUCCGUAAAGCUACCAAUGAGGGGUCUUUACAAGCAUUCUUUGAGGCGGAGAGUAUCAGCUUCUAUCCAUUCUUUCUUUCUUUCCCUCAAGAUAAUCAAAUUAAAGAGUUUCAGUAACUGUAUCAUAAGGCAGAUGUGCAUUUGGCUACAGGAUAUAGACAAAAGCAAAGAAUGUUUUGCAGUUAUUAUAGUUUGCUGUAAACUUUCAACUUUGCUGUCAAUUGGAAAAUAGAUUUAAGGCUUUCAGAAAACCCAACGUAUCAAAGUUUUCCUGACAAUGUGGGAAUGUCUGUUUCAAGUCAAGUGAUUACUGCAAUGGAUACUUCAACUAAAUAUCUUCUCCGAACCAUAUGUUUGAAUCGGCGCAACUGUCUGAAGUGAUAAUGUCUGUGCACUUGAUGGAGGACCUUCCAAUAAGAAAUUGAGAUGCACUUUUGUUGGUUGCAAAUAUCAAAAUCAGUAAAUUCUAUUUUAUUUGAAAAUUGGAGAGUAUUAUUUUUAUUUUUAUUUUAUUUCUAUGUGGAUUUCUAUUGGGGUUUGGGGUCUAUAUAAACUAUGGCUAUGUAAUUGAGAACACAAGUUUGCAUUAUUGAGAUAUGAGAAUAUUGAGUUACCCUCUUCUUUUUU